AUGGCUUCUCCUCAGCCUAAAUCACCCACAUUCAAGUGGCCAAUACCUCCUCCUUCAGACCAAGAUAUUUCAAUAAAAGAAAUACUCGAAAGAUAUACAAACGCAGAUUUACUUAAACAUGUCUUGAUGGCGAAAUCAGAGGAAGACAAAAGACAAACAGCACAAUACGUUUUAAAAACUGAGCAAGCCAAGAUCCAUCUUCGUCAACUUGACCUCCAACUCGUCAGAAUACAACAACAAUCUACAUAUCCUUAUUUGGCACCCAUUCAACAACAAGUAUUAGCUCGUAUCACAUCACCCGAAGAUUAUCCACAUUCUGCUCAUCCAUUAUGUCGCCCCUAUUUACACCAACCGACAACGCCUGUGUCACCUACAGAAAAGACAAGUAGGAAAAGACAACGAUCACCAUUUUUGGAUGAUGUAUCUCAUCGUAUCGUCAUGGAAGCAUUAAAAGCAAAAUUACAUCGACCUCAAGAAAAUAAAAGACAGCGAACGUUGCCUAAAUUGAUCACGUCGACAACGACGACCACCACAACAACAAUAAAUAAUAGUCCACCCCCUAUAUUACCACCCAUUGAUAUCCAUAGACAACCUACUGUAAAUAGAGGCCAUUGA